CCGCCAUAGCCAGCUCUCAAAAUGCAGCUUUUGAUUCCUUUUAACCGAUCAAGCUUCCCAUGGCGAUUUCUCAGUCCGCUGCUUUCUCGCCUAAAAUACCCCAACUCAGCUUCACCAGUAGUCUUCAGACGCCUCUGUUUCUCGCUGCAUCAACGACAACAAGCCACCGCCACCGCCACCUUCACACAUCAAUAAAACUAUUUCCAAAGCGUCAAGGCCACAUCGCCUGCUCCGCAAUCUCGGGAUCUAGCGGAACUAAAUCUUCGGGUUUGGUGAGUGAGAACACUGCGAACCUGUUGGACACUGCGAAGGUGUUCGAUUUGGAUGGAAAUGGAAUCCCAAUUUCUGAUUUAUGGAAAGAUAGGAAAGCUGUUGUCGCGUUUGCACGUCAUUUUGGAUGUGUCUUUUGUAGGAAACGCGCUGAUUAUCUUGCUGCCAAGAAGGACAUAAUGGAUGCAUCUGGAGUGGCACUUGUGUUGAUUGGACCUGGCAGCGUUGAUCAGGCAAAAACAUUCUUUGAGCAAACUAAUUUCAAAGGAGAAGUUUAUGCAGAUCCUGAUCACUCAUCAUAUGAGGCACUGAAAUUUGUUUCUGGGGUUUUCUCCACAUUUACACCUAAAGCAGGUCUUCAGAUAAUACAAUUGUACAUGGAAGGUUAUCGACAAGACUGGAAACUUUCAUUUGAAAAGGACACUGUGUCCAGAGGUGGUUGGCAGCAAGGUGGAAUUAUAGUUGCCGGUCCUGGUAAAACAAAUAUAUCAUACAUCCAUAAGGACAAAGAAGCAGGAGAUGAUCCCGAUAUUGAAGACAUAAUGAAAAUUUGUUGCUCUUGAAGAAAAUGGUCCAUCCUUUUGCUUCUUCUUGUGCAAUAACCAAUGUAGUGUUGGAUUUAAGAUUUAGAAUAAAUGAUCAGGUUAUAUCUAGUUGCUUCUUGCUUAUCAAGGUUUAGGAAUGGGGCCUUCAAGACAAUGAGCAAUGAUUCUUUAUUUAGUUAUUUCAAAUGAUUUAGCCACGUCAA